CACAUAUAGAGGAAUUUGACUGUGGAAAAUAAGAAUACGAUAAAAAUAUACAAGCAAGAAUUAACAAUAUAAAAGUUAAAUCACAUAUGUAUGUUCAUAUGUUUCCAUGUUGAGAUAAACCACUGCAAAUGUCGUGAGGCUGAAGUAUUUGGGUCAAUGGGGGGGACACAGACUUGGUUUAAGAGACGUGCUGACUGGUGGCAAGAGGUCUUGAUCCUGAUGGACCGCAACCUCCUUCCCGAGGAAAGGGGCUAAUAUGGGAUGUCAGUGCUAUUGGUCUGUAAUUGCCAGCAGUAGCUAGAGCUUUAAAAAGCACUCUUCCAGCUGCCUGGCAUUACACCCUCCCCCCAAAACAUAUUAAAGAAUUUAUAAAUAAUGUCCAAGGCAUCCAAGCCAGCAAUAGUCUAACAUAGCUUUGCAUCGAUUCUCUUGCCAUGCAGCCCAAUCCGCAUCUUUUGAGCCAUUUAUGAACCAUUUCCUAAAUCAGCAUUAGAUGCCGAUUUAGCUCAAGGGAAUUACCCACAAGUCAUUGCGAUGUAUAAUAGUAAAAGCAUGGAGGCGUGACAAAAAGGUAAACAAAGAGGACGGCACACGUGAGACUGUCGCAAUAAAAUGUAUACAUUUUAAAACAUAAUAGAUUAUGAAAUCAGACUAUAUUUAUUAAUCGAUUCAUGGAAUAUAAAUGUCAUCAAAACAAUUUUGACAACAAAAAAACGUUAAAAAAUGUAAAAUGUUCUCGUUUUAUCAAGUGAUGUCAGUUUAGGGUUCCUUUGGGGUUCAGGGUUGGGGGGUGAUUGCGAUUGGGCCUAAACAUCAACAAACGCAACUACGCAGUUGGUCCCGGAAGUAGCUUUUGGAGGAGCUUCCUGCCCGUUGAUUAAUCCACUUGUUGAGCAGCCGAGAAGGAGGGAGAGCUUGACACGCACACAGAAAUAAAAAACCUUCACCGAAAGUUCAACAAUGGCGGAAACUGACGAAUAAGAAUCGGGCGCGAACUAAAGAGCAACCCGGCUGUGGAGCACCAUGUUCGAUUUGAGAAAUGCCGGGGUCGUCGGCGCCUCCUUGGCGGUCGCGGGGGGCGUCGCGUAUUGUGUCUGGAACUACGCGUCCUCCUCCGGGGAGAAGAAGCCCCGAGCGCAGCCGAAAGAGCCCGCUGAAAGUGCCGAAGGGGAGAGAAGGGAGGGCGUCGCGACCGAGCCAACCGUCGCGGUGCCUGUUGCUGCGGAGCCCGGCGAAGCAUCGGAGUCUGAGGCCGGGGGCUCGGCAGGGACCCAGGUGCUGGUUCUGGGUCUGGAUGGCGCUGGUAAGACCAGCCUGCUGCACUGCUUCUCCACCGGGUGCCUGGAGCAGGACGUGGAGCCGACGCAGGGCUUCAACGCCGUCUCCAUCAGCCGGGAGGACCUGCGCAUCGAGUUCCUGGAGAUUGGAGGUAAAGAGGAGCUGCGGUCCUACUGGGGGAGGUACAUGUCCAAGGCCCUGCUGCUGGUGUUUGUGGUAGAUUCCUCCGACCCGAAGCUUUUCCCCGUCGCUAAGCAGCAUUUGCACGAGCUGCUGGCGUCCUCGCCUCGUCUGCCUUUGAUGGUGCUGGCCAACAAACAGGAUCUCCCGGGAAGCUGUGGCAUCACCGACCUCCACGACGCCCUCUCUCUGUCCGAGGCCGGGGACCGACGCUUGUUCCUCAUCGGCACCCACGUGGGGAGGGGGCGGGCGGAGCUCUCCUCCGGCGUCCAGGACGCCCGGGACCUGAUCAUGCAGAUGGUUUGUGACGGCAGAUAGAAACUCUCUCUCUCUCUCUCGAUCCGCUGGGUUCUCACGCACAGCGACAGCAGGCUCUCUGCAGCUUUUCCACUUUGAUGACAGAUGCUUCUUUAUUUUUGAGAAAACGUCAAUGUAUUUAUUUAUUUAUUUUACCUCUUGGUAGAGACUCUGGCUAUUAAAGUGUAAAAACUGAAUCGACUUUUUUAGUUGUCUGUUCCAUUGUUACAGGAGUAAAUUAGCUCUUUAAAUUAAUCGGGGCUGUGUCUCGAUCCACCGAAUAUUGAAUGCCUCGACAUGGAGACUGAGAGCUGCACUGGGCUCUCAUCUCAGUCAGAUAGUCCGAGAAACAGUGAGCGAUGGUACGCAUUGUGACUUCUGGGUAUUUACACUUGUCUUAGAACUGUUGGAUCUUUCUGCCAGAGGGGGGCGCCAACAUGUCAAACCGUCCUAUUAAGAAAAGCAGAAAGAGUUGGGUUUUUCUGCUGUUGUGAUGACAAAUAAAGCUUCGCUCAAACACAACACCACAGCUGUUUAGUGUCUACAUGAAGCAGUGCAUUUUUGAUUGAAUAAGCAGAUAACUCACCAAACGUGUGCGCUUUAACACCACUAAAUGAUUUUGUAUGGUUGUCGGAUAAGCUUUAAAAUAUAGUUGCUUUUAUGACACGUUCAUUGAAAGGGAAAUUGUCUCAAAUGUUUGUUUUGAUGCUGAGAGGCGAUCAGCUGCUGGUGAUUUUGUCUGUUUUUUAUUGUCAGUUAGAUGUGCUUAAAUAAUCAUUCACUCAGUUCACUUGUUACACUUUUAAUGUAGAAUGUAAUAAUGUGAUUUUUCUGUCUGUCUAAAUAUACAGUAUUGCUCGAGUUAUCUUAUGUACGUUUAUGUCGCACUUAAAUAAAUCAUUUCCACUAAAUGAUUUGGUUUAGACCCUUUUU